AUGAAUAACAAAAUAUACAAUUACACCCAACCUUCAUCGAUAUAUUCUAUACAAGAAUGUGUAGGAAGAGGAAAUUUUGGUGAUGUCUACAAAGCAUUUGAUAAGACCAAUGGUGCUAUUGUUGCUGUGAAGGUAGUCAAUUUGGAGCAUACUGAAGAAGAUAUAGAUUUACUGGCGCAAGAAAUUUUUUUCUUGGCUGAAUUGCGUUCUCCAUAUAUCACAAACUACAUCACCACCAUGAUUGAAGAUGUUUCGAUGUGGAUAGUUAUGGAAUACUGUGGUGGUGGUGCGUGUUCUGAUUUAAUCAAGACCGUAUACAUCAAUGGAUUGCCUGAGAAUAAAGUUGGCUUUAUCACCAGAGAAGUCCUAAAGGGUUUGAAAUAUUUACAUGAUCAAAAAAAGAUUCAUAGAGAUAUUAAAGCUGCUAAUAUCUUGUUGACCGAUGAAGGUAAAGUAAAAUUAGGAGACUUUGGAGUGAGUGGUCAAAUUAGGGCUACUAUGAAAAGAGGAACAUUUGUUGGUACCCCAUAUUGGAUGGCUCCAGAAGUUGUAAACAAAGAAAGCAACGGAUAUAAUGAGAAAGCAGAUAUUUGGUCACUUGGUAUUACUGUUUACGAAUUACUAAAAGGUUUACCACCACUAUCAAAAUGCGAUCCAAUGAAAGUGAUGGUGUCCUUGCCUAGGAGGAAACCACCAAAGUUACACGGUCAAUAUUCUGAUGUUGCUAAGGGAUUUGUUGCUGCUUGUUUAGUAAAAGAUCCUAAUUUGAGACCAUCUGCUGAAAUGCUCCUAACAAAUGAGUUUGUUACCAAUACUGAAAUUAACGAUCUGAAAAGUGAUAUAGAUUUUGUUAAAAGAAGGAAAGUUCAAAAUAAUUAUUCAAAAGCUCCAAAAUUUCAGUUGCAAGAGAAACUUUACAACGAGGCCAAUAACGAAAUUCCUUGGGAUUUCAAUUCAGUACGAUCUAUUAAAAAAAUCCAGAAAUUACCACCAACACAACCAUUACAAAACUCAAUCGAACUUUCUCCAAGGUCCAUAAAGACAGAUAAAAGCCCAUCAAUCCCUUCUUUAAAUAUGGAGAGUCCAUACAGACAGAAUAAUUGUCAAACAGAUUCACCAAUUACAGCUCAAACUACACCAUCGUUUAGGAAAUAUAGUGAGAACAAACAGCAAAUCGAAAACCAAAGAGAAGCAAAUGAGUUCGAAACUCCUAUGGAUGUUGAUCCAAUCUGUAACACUCAAGGAAUAUGUGACUUGAAAGAAUUUGAUUACUUAAAGAAUGUAAUAUCAUACAGUUUUAAUAGAAUGCAUGAGAGGGCUCAUGACAAUGAAACUAGAAUGUAUGUAGACAACAUGAUGGAUAACUUUACUACAACAGAAUCGAAAAUACCUGGGUUUAGUGAAGUGUUUAUAGAAGAAAUUUCACUCAGGAUCAACUCAAUUAAACAAUAUUUGAGUAAGUAA